UUUUACUGGUUUAUGGCAGUAUGUGAUUUUCUGCAAAUAGGCUACAACUCAUUUGUGUGUGUAUAUUUUGUGAUUGCAUGAUAACCAGUGGAGGUCAUCUAGCACAGGCUCUAGUGUACAGUGGGCACAAUAACACCUGUAUGCAGUCCAGUAAAUAUUCCCUUUGUGAAUGUUGUAUUUUUUCAGAUUGAUAUUGUAAAGAUAGCCAGAAAAUAUGGAGUUUAAUCUCUGUCUCAAGUAAAUCAUAAUACAUCCCGUGUUAUUUGUAUGUAGAUCAUAUGUGCCAUGUGCCUUUAAUAAUCCAGAGAGUUCCACAGCAGUUGUAAAUCACAAUAUUCUAACAGGCCCACACACUUACAGAUUGAUGAAAUGAUAAGUGGAUGGAUAGAUGGAUGUUAGAGGGGCCAUAUCACAUAUCCACAGUUGUUCCAUUAUGAUUAUCUGCACUGACUGUUCUUGCCUGAGCCAUUAGUAUUAUCACUGUGAAUCAGUGUCCUUUUUACUUCUGCCUUUUCCACAACCACAACAAUUGGCUAUACCCACUCAUUAUUGGAAGGAUAGUCAAUCUUUUUUUUUUAGUCAACACAUUAUUUUGUUUUGGGUUCCAGGCUCUGCGUUGUUCCUGGGUCUACAGUGGACUUCUCAGGCCCCAUCCUAAUGAGAACAGUAAUGAGCCUGGGCCCCAAGCAACAUACUGAAUUUCUCAUUUGGAUCCCAGUCAGAUAAAGGUCCAGAGCCAUGGCUGUAGAAUGAGUGUUGGCCCUCUUUUAUAGGCCAGUUUUGGUUUGAAGGCUUUUUGUGUUUAAGGCCUUCCUAAAAACCUUCAAUGGAAACAUACAUCUUAGUCUAAUUAUCAGAUGGACAUUCACAGGGCAAAGUUCAGGACUUUUGAAUUGCAUCAUAAAAGAUCUAAUCUGUGUUUUCAGCAGUGUGUGACAUACAGUAAAUCUCUACAUAAAUCCUUGUGACCGUGUGGGUGAGGCAAAUGGAUCUUGCACCAUCAAGUCAGAGAUAGGGAUUAGUGAAGUGAGAGCACUUUCCUUUGUGAGUUGCUUUUGUUUUUGCCUUACUUCACUGACAAGUACUGUGUCAUGCAAGUGAAGGAAGCAGUUCCAUUUUAUAAUAAUAGACCCUUCAGAAGACAAACAAUGAAAAUACUUAUCGUAAAACAGGUAACAGGAAUAGUCAUACAUAUUCAAAUUUGGAAACUACUAAGCAUUGAAAUGUAUGAUGUUUUGUUUAAAAUACUAUCAUAUGAUUAGAAUAAACUUUAUUUUGCUGUAAAAUGCCUGACAAUAUAUUUCAACAGUUUAACUGUUGUCGCACUACGCUGCAAACAUAACGUUAGAAUUGAGGUCAUCUCACCAUUGAACAGUGUUGAUUGUAGCCUAACUAAGUGGCCCAUUUAGAUCAUUUAAAUGGGGACAUCCCAGUGACUCAAUGCUUAAUUGCUUGUAAUGCAAUGCUUAAAUCUGCCCAUGAAUUCAAAGCCAUUCUUAUCUUUCCUGACUAUCUGACUAAAAUCAGAGCUACAAUAAAGCACAUGACUAUAUGACAGUGAAAGAAAUAAUUAUAAAAGAGUUCUAGUAGAAUUAAUGUUAGCUGUCCAGGGACCUUUUUAUGAUUCGUCCCAGAUUUCCAGCUUGGGGAGCCAUUCAACCUGUGCCUGUAUGCACCCAGACACAGGUCAGUAAAAUUUUAACCUGUCAUGUGCUGUUCAGCAUAAUCUUAUUUAAAGUCAAGUUUCCCCUUUAAACAAAAGCAUUAUGUUUUUGGAUGAAAACCACAUCAUCCCAGUUUAUUUUUCAAAAAAAAUUUGAAUUGUUAAAUGUUGUUGUUUGAGCUCCACAUUUUCCCAGUCAAAUGUAUUAUGCACAUACUGUAUAGUCUUUACUUUGGACUUACAUUUCAACAAAAGAAAAAACACAGCUUUCUUGCAUCCUUCUCUGACUUUGGGCAGUGUGGGUCUAGAAAAAGAACACUGAUAUAUGUAUGUUAUCUGGAAAGAAAAGCUUGGGUUGUUGGUUACUCCAGACAAUGCUUUCAUUGCAGUGCAGGGUACAAAGGGAUUUCAUAGAUUUGUUAUAGUUCACUGAGGAAAACACGAAUUAAUUGGAAAUUGUCUGAAUAACAGCAUGGAUGAACAACAUGUGACAAUAGCUACACAGUGUCAAAUUAGGCUAGACCUAUCCAAUAUAAUACAGAUCAGUAUAUCCUGCAACACUAUACUGAAAAACUGUGGGCCCCAGCACCCCCAAACACCCAAGUUAAUUAGGCCUACUUGUUUUUCUUUUGGAAAGGAAUAUGGGAACAUAAAUUAUUAAAGUAAAAUAUCAACUGAAAAUGGGCCUUACUUUAUUACCUGUUAAGGCCCAGUUUUGUCAAAAUUUUGUUUUAAGGCCCUAUUAUUUUUGCUAAUAUAGGCCUCACAUGAUGCAUAUUUAUGAUUGUUUUGUGUGUUUAAUCAAUAUUACUAAGAGGCAAUGCACAGAGAAUGAGAGGGGGUUAAUGCCCACCCAGCAGGUUAAUCCAGCCAGCCAUGGGUGUAGAUGUGCCAGUGGAGGAAAAAAGAAAUGAAUGGUGUGAUGGGCACAAUACUUAGUUAUUCACCUUGGACACAUGAUCAGAAAAACUGUGCACAUGUAUUGAAUGCAAGUGAAUUGUAGAUGGGCGAGGUACACGUUUAGAAAUGCAACAAUAAAAAUAAAUAAAUAGUAAAUCAGACUUUUAUUUUGUAAGAGAACGCUUUCGAUUACUUCCUGCCCCGUGACCUCGCCCUCGCCUGGAUACGAGAAAGCGUCGCUACGGAGAGAGGGAUGGGUCUGUGGUAGUUAAAAUACACUUCUGUUUACUUUCCCACGCAGUUAGGACAAUUUACUAUCAUGGCAGUCUAUGGAAAACGCUUCUCGGUCGUUGCGACAGCGACUCUACCAAGUUUUAACGUUUGUAUAUACACGUUUUGGUGCUGUUAGUGCACUAAUCUAUGUUGGCAUGACAGAUAAAGAUUAGUUAGCAUGCUAGCGAGCUAGCCACACAGCCUCAGCAUCACAAAGCGACCACACCUGCCAGUGACAGGUACCGAGAAGUCAUGGGUAAACUACAGAGCAAGUUUCGCAAGAGGUCUGACCUCUACAGGGCAUCUCAGGGGGAGAAGGCAGAUAAUACCUUUGACAGUCAGGUGGUGCAGUAUGAACCUGCCCAUCAAGGGUCCACCAACACUGUCACUAAUCUCAACCCAGAUCUGUGUGUUUCUGGUGGGAGUGACCAGGCUGUGGUGGUGUAUGACUGGAAACAAGGCAGGAUGUGUCAGUCCUUCCAGGGUCACAACCGAGAGGUUACCAAGGUGGUGUGUUAUCCAGGCAGUACAUGGAUCUUUAGUGCCUCACGGGACAAGACUGUUCUGAUGUGGGACCUAAACCAGGGGGACGAACCCAUUCAGGAAUUUUGUGGCCAUGAAUUGGUGGUCAAUGGACUAGCUAUCAGCCCUGAUGGGAGAAAGCUGUGCACUGGUUCUCGUGACAACUGGAUGUGCCUGUGGGAUAUAGAAUCUGCAAAAUGUGAACACAGACACAACAUUUCGAGAAACCUGGUGACUCAUGUGUGUUGGGUUCCUAGCAGCUCCUCUAUAGUUCAGACCUCCGAGGAUAAGACCAUAAGGGUGUGGGACAGCCGUGCAUGGCAGGUGACCAAUACUUUUCCAGCCAAGCAAUACAUCCAGACCCACUGUGACGUUUCUGCAAAUGGCAACUACUUGGUGUCCAGCAGCAACGGCUUUGGAGGCCAGGGCGGUGAAGCCACGCUCUGGGACCUGCGUCAGCCCGGCUGUAAAGUUGUGGAGUACAGAGGUCAUGUCCAGACCACCGCCUGCUGUAUGUUUCUGCCUACACCUCUUGGUGGCACAGCUCAGGUAGCAACAUCCUCCCAUGACUGUUCCAUUAAAAUCUGGGAUCAGAACACAGCAGUCUGUUUAGGGACGUUGUCUCUGGAUAGUGCUGGUCCACUGAUUUGUCUGGCUCCCACUGACUCCACCGAUCUGCUGUGUGCCAGCUUCAACAACGGCCUCCACCAUAUCCAGGUUGGCCACGGAUCAAACCAGGCUCAGGUUUCUGGGGCAGGUUUAGGUGGAGCUGGUGGCCUGGACAUGAAAGUUGUGGCACGCUUCUGACAGCCCAGAAGAGCCUGGUGUGACUAGUAUGCUCGUAACCCAGACCUGUGAACGGCCAGUGACUCUGCGAGCAGUAUCACUGGAUAUGGACAUCUAUCUAUCAUGUCAGUGCUUUUAUUUUUUAAUUUUACAAUUUUACACAUUUCUAUAGUAUUUUUUGCUUUACUAGACUGCCAUACAGUGAAUAAUGACAGAAGAUAUCAGUGAGAAAAGGAGUGGAUGAUAAUGACAUGUAUGGAGGAUGCACCUUUUGUCCAGCAAAGCCACCUGCAUGCCCAUCGUAGCUGCUCUUCUUGGGGAAUGGUCUGUAAGUCACAUUACCCAUUAUUAUAAGAGACUAUAAACAUCUAAGUGAUCCUGCUUGGAUUGCUGCCUUCUUGGACAGAACCAGAAUAGCUGGGGUUUACUCUGUUUUGUACACUACUUCAGCUAGGUGGAUUUUACGAGAUGCUUCAUGCACAUGUUGUAUUGCCUUUAUUGGUGGUGUUGAAUACAUGUUUGGAGGACAUCCUAAUGGGGCAGGAGUAGUGUUGAAAAUGUGUAAGCACUCUUAGAGCAGGAAAAUCAGCUAUUUGGUCAGAUGUACUAUGAUUUUUCCUGGAUAAAAGUUAGUAGGUGCAGUCAGACUUGCAGUCUUGUUUGUUAAACAUGUUGUGGUUGUUUUUAUCACCAAACAGAGUAAUGCUAAACACGUGUAUGUGGAUAUGUAACCUUUGAUUAGUUUGUACUUUAGCUUUAACCUGUCAAGUGUUGGACCAAAUCAAUACCUAUGACACAAGACUGUAUAAACAUUAGCUUUUUUUUUAGGUAAAAUUCUAUUCAUAAUGUUUUUUAAAAAUAAAUAUUCCGAUAUUUUUGAACUGAAGCUGCCAAUAGCUGAUGUUUGGUGCCGAUAUCCAAUAUAUUUAAAUUUGAAAAUGACUAUGCAAAAUACUGAGUAAUUCCCUUUUUUAAUAAAAUAGUGUUUGAAUAAACAAAUGGGUAUAAAAUAUAUUGCAAAUACAAAAGAAAGCUGCUCUGUGACCUACACAUAAACAUAUAUAAAUCCUUCUACCAGUUAAGAUAUUGUUUGAUCAACAUUGAUUGAGGUAUUAGAUUUUGAUUUAAUACGGUGUCGCUACUGUGCUAUUAACAACUACUGUGUUAGGAUUAGCAAUCCAGACCGCUGUAGUUUAGCCAGCAAAUUCCAAUGUAAAAAUAUAAUUAGCAACCUUAAGUGAGUUUUAAGUGAAUUUGGCCGCACAUAACACACACACAUUCCUACCUUAACUGAUUUUUGUCAGGAGAUGAGUUAAACCACUCUUCUAUUUGAAGUGUAAAUAUAAUACAGAUUACUUUGUCAGUUUCAGCAUCUUAAAAAAAAAACAUAAUUAUAUUAUAUACAUAAUUUUCCUUUUUGUUUGUGGUUAUCCUGGGUACCAUCUCUCCCAAAGACAGUGGUUGCUAUAUCAUCAAAUUCCAUUUUAGAGAAUUAUCUGCAGCUAGAACAACAAAAUGGACAGGCUAUAGUUCAAAGUGACCAGUUCAGCGGUAAUGUACUAUCAGGUGAUUCCAAAUGCACUAUGUAGAUAUUUGGCACUCUAAACAUCCCCAGUUGAUUUGAGCUAUCUGUGUUUGUGUAUAAAGUUUAUACACUACGAUUAAGCAAUAAAUAAAUAAAUAAUUUCAUGUCUGAGUAAA